CAAUGUAGCAGAGCGCACAAAAUCAAAAUAAUGCUCGCUCCGACACGUAGUAUCGAGCAGACAGUGCGAGCGAUAACUACAACGUAAAUCAAUUUACUUUUAACUUUUCUCGAUUUUAUUGCUUUGGUCGAAAACCAGUGUGUUUUACCAUGGCUAAAAUCAGCGUUGAUCUUCCCGACAUCGAGAAUCUCCUCUUGCUUAAUCCUCGAGUUCAUAAUUACUCAUCUUUAGUGCCAUCGAGUGUUACGAAAAAGAAUAAGCAACACUGGAAAAGAAAUGCCGACACGAAAUGCGGAAGUUGUCCAAGUCUGCAAAAUGAUUUUUCUGAUAUUAAACCAUCGACGUUGAGCGAAAGAGGUGCUUUGAGAGAAGCAGCCAGGUGUUUGAAAUGCGCGGAUGCUCCGUGCCAAAAGUCUUGUCCAACGCAAUUGGAUGUCAAAUCAUUUAUUACGAGCAUCGCUAAUAAGAAUUACUAUGGUGCAGCUAAAUCCAUCUUCUCGGACAAUCCUUUGGGUAUAACAUGUGGCAUGGUUUGUCCGACCAGCGAUCUUUGCGUUGGCGGAUGCAAUUUGCAAGCUUCAGAGGAGGGUCCAAUUAACAUUGGAGGUCUUCAGCAAUUUGCUACCGAGAUAUUUAGUAAAAUGGGAGUAAAGCAAACCAGAGAUCCCAAAACGCCAACACCGAAAGGCGCCGAUAGGAAAAUCGUUUUGUUGGGUGCCGGUCCUUCAUCGUUGUCUUGCGCAACCUUCUUGGGAAGAUUAGGAUACACGGACAUUACGAUCUACGAAAAGCAAGAAUAUUUGGGCGGUCUCAGUUCCGCUGAAAUCCCGCAGUACCGUUUACCAAUGUCCGUGGUUAAUUUCGAGAUCAGCCUCGUAACCGACUUAGGUGUGAAAAUUGAAACGAAGAGGAGUCUUUCAACUAAAGACUUGACCAUCAAGAGCAUACUGAGUUCGGGAGCUGAGGCAGUCUUCUUAGGAAUUGGAUUACCGCAACCUAAACCCAAUCCGUUGUUUGCUCAUUUAACUUCUGAAAUGGGAUUCUACACUUCCAAGGAUUUUCUUCCAUUAGUUGCUAAGGCCAGCAAACCGGGAAUGUGCGCUUGCAAAGCAUUGGCUUCAUCUUUACCAAAGUUACAUGGAACUGUGAUUGUUCUCGGAGCUGGAGACACUGCUUUCGAUUGUGCUACAUCUGCAUUGCGCUGUGGGGCUCGAAAAGUCUUCGUAGUAUUCAGAAGGGGCUUCAGUAACAUCAGAGCUGUACCAGAAGAAGUAUCGGCUGCCGUUGAGGAAAAAUGCGAACUUAUGGGAUUCCUAUCACCCCACAAUGUUCAAACUAAGGAUGGAAAAAUUACAUCGGUUACUUUUAAGAGAAUGUUUGAAAAUGAUAAUGGAAAAUGGGAAGCCGAUGAGGAACAACUUACGACGUUGAAAGCAAAUUUCUUGAUCUCUGCUUUCGGUUCAGGACUUACAGAUUCUGAGAUGAUUGAGGCAUUGAGCCCUAUCAAACUGAACGACUCUAAUUUACCAAUUGUGGAUGCAUUAACCAUGGAAACGUCCAUUCAGGGCAUUUUCUGUGGAGGCGAUUUAGCUGGAGUUGCAGAAACCACCGUUGAAGCUGUGAACGAUGGAAAGAACGCAGCUUGGCGCAUGCAUUGUUAUUUACAAGGAAUGCCGUUGAAUAGUGAUCCUAAACUUCCACUUUUCCACACUGAUAUAGACGAGGUAGAUUUAUCAGUGGAAAUGUGUGGUAUUAAGUUCGAAAAUCCUUUCGGUUUGGCGUCCGCUCCUCCAGCUACAAGCACAGCUAUGAUUCGAAGGUCCUUUGAGCAGGGCUGGGGUUUUGCAGUUACCAAAACAUUUGCUUUGGAUAAAGAUACUGUUACAAAUGUGUCUCCGAGGAUUAUAAGAGGAGUAACUUCUGGUCACAAUUUUGGACCGCAGCAGGGAUGCUUCUUGAACAUUGAAUUGAUUUCUGAAAAGUGCGCCGCUUAUUGGUGCCAGAGCGUGAAAGAGCUUAAGGAGGAUUUCCCAUCGAAAGUGAUCAUUGCGAGUAUAAUGUGUUCGUACAAUGAAGCCGACUGGAAGGAAUUGGCAAAAAUGGCUGAAAAUUCCGGAGCUGAUGCUUUGGAAUUAAAUUUGUCGUGCCCUCACGGUAUGGGCGAGUCUGGAAUGGGGUUGGCCUGUGGUCAAAAACCGGAAUUGGUGAAAGGUAUUUCACAAUGGGUUAAACAGGCUGUCAAGAUUCCGGUCUUCAUUAAAUUAACGCCAAAUAUAACUGAUAUAGUAACCAUUGCCACAGCAGCUUACGAAGGUGGUGCUGAUGGAGUUUCAGCUAUCAACACUGUUUCCGGUCUAAUGAAUUUAAAAGCAGAUGCCAGUCCAUGGCCGGCCGUAGGAUUAGAUAAGAGGACAACGUACGGAGGCGUCAGUGGAAAUGCAACAAGACCUAUGGCUUUAAGGGCUAUUACAGCUAUCGGAAAAGCUCUACCAGGAUUCCCUAUUUUGGGAAUUGGUGGUGUGGAUUCCGCCGAUGUUGCUCUGCAAUUCUUGCAAGCCGGAUCGUCCGUUCUUCAAGUUUGCAGCGCUAUUCAGAACCAGGACUUCACACUUGUAGAGGACUAUUGCACAGGAUUGAAAGCUUUAUUGUAUUUGGAGAACCGCCUUCAUGGUUGGGAUGGACAAAGUCCACCAGUAUUUAAACACCAAUUGGGAAUACCAAUAAGAAGUCUGUGCGAUUCUAAUGGUAACAAAUUACCGCAUUUCGGGCAUUACAAAGAAGAAAGGGAAAAGCAAAUGACUAAAUUGCACGUGAAUGCGAAUGGAGAGAUUGUGUCCGUAAACGAAAGCGGCAUUGCAGACCAGAAGAUUGAUGGAAACGUUCAAGUCCCGAAAUUGCGAGACGUUAUUGGAAGGGCGUUGAAACAUGUAGGACCUUACAAGGCGUUAGACAACAAGAAACAAGUUGUUGCUUUGAUAGACGAUGACAUGUGCAUCAAUUGCGGUAAAUGCUACAUGGCUUGUAACGAUUCUGGUUAUCAAGCAAUUAAGUUCGAUGCGAAAACGCACAUUCCUAAAGUGACAGACGAUUGUACUGGUUGCACGAUGUGUUUGUCCGUCUGUCCAAUCAUCGAUUGUAUCAACAUGGUGCCAAAGGCAAUUCCGCAUGUCAUCAAGAGAGGAGUCCCUGGAGAGAAGGUCAAGCUUGUCCAUGCUUUAGAUAAUUAUUCCCCAGUUAAUUAACUCUUUAUCUCGGAUGAAAUAUCAAUUUUGUAUACUUAGUAUAAAUAUAAAAAUGAUAAUAAACUUAACACGUGGAAAGAAGGGCUUUUAUUUGGUAAUAAACAG